CACCAGAACUACCUUGUUAAUGUCAAGGGCAACAAGUUGAUCGUAAAAACCCUCUCGAGUCUCGACGUUCGAAUUCGCUGUUUGCACCCACCACAAUCGGUUUUCAGGAAACCCAACACUGACAAAGUGCACGAAUUUCAAAGCAACGUGAAUACCUACAACCAAAACACACAAAUCCACAGGCCAAACCAAACUACCCACUUUAAUUCUACAGAGAAAUGGGCGAGAAUGGCGCAGAUGCCAUGGAAACGGAGAUGAGUAACGGCGGCGGAGGCGGAGGCGGAGGAGGAACAGGUAGGUGUUUGAGCAGCUUUGUUGACGAAGGUAGCACUGAGAGUCACAGAUACUACCUUUCACGUAGAACACUGUUAGAGAUGCUCAGAGACAGAGGGUACGAUAUCUCAAAUUCGGAAAUCGAGUUCACUCUCCAGCAGUUCCGGGACCUCCAUGGUCAAGCUGUCGACGUUGACCGUCUUCGUAUCAGCGCUUCUCAUGUUUCUGAUCCUGAUAAUAAGAUUCUCGCUGUUUUCUGUGGGACGGGUGUGGUAAAAGUGAAUGCCAUCCGUUGGAUUGCAACACAGAUCAUGAAUAAGGAGAGUUUAAGCCGUUUGAUAAUUGUAGUGCAAAAUCACAUUACAAAUCAGGCUAUGAAAGCAGUGGAUCUUUUUUCAUUCAAGGUCGAAAUAUUCCAAAUAACAGAUUUGCUUGUUAAUAUUACAAAGCAUGUGUUGAAGCCAAGGCAUAGGGUCAUAACAGAUGUAGAGAAAGCAAAACUUUUGAAGAAGUUCAAUUUGAAUGAGAAACAGCUUCCAAGAAUGUCACAGAAAGAUGCAAUUGCUCAAUACUAUGGGCUUGAGAAGGGACAGGUGAUUGAAGUGACCUACAAUGGUGAAAUAACUGGGCUUCAUGUCACUUAUCGUUGUAUUUGGUGAUCAUCUUGCAUCAGAUUUGGUAUUAAUGUAGGGAGAUUGUUUGUUUGUUUGUUUGUUUGUUUGUGUGUGUGUGUGUGUGUAUGCUAAUGAUCUUUAAUUCUAAGAACAUAAAUGCUUUCUAGGUAGUAGUAGUAGUAGUUUGUGUGUUGAAAAAUGUAUGAGCAUAAAGCACAUUGUGCUGUUUAGAAGUUAAUUUGGCUCA